AUGGAAGAAAUAAUAACUGCUGAAGACAAGGGAGCAAAUAGACAAGUUAGAUUCCAACCUCAGUCUGGGAACCUUUUGGCUGCUGCUACAGGAAAUGUUAUCAAUAUGAUUGAUGUUGAGACUAGCACCAUCCAGUAUCAGUUAGAGGGACAUGCCAAAGAUGUUCGCUCGAUGUGUUGGGAUACCAGUUGGGAUACCAGUGGCAGAUACAUGGCUUCCAUCAGUGAAGAUUGUGCGUGCAUAUGGUCAAUUGAAGCAGGCGGAAAAUCCGUGCAUCAGUUGCAGUCCAGUGAAAAUAUGUUUGUGUCCUGUACGUUCCAUCCCGUGUAUUCACUAGUCCUGGCCAUUGGUUCAUACCGGGUAUGAAAUGUUUCCUUUUACAGUAUUCUGAUUGUUCUUACCGUGUACUCACUAGUCUUGGCCAUUGAUCUUCGUCUUGUGCUGCGAUGUGUUACAUAUAUUUUCUGUAUUAAACUUCAUCGAACAUCGUCAUUUCGAAUUUA